UAUGAUAAUAAAUAAAAAAUAUGAGAAUCUAAAAUAUGGCUCCUACAGUGGCCAUAACCUAGAAGACACGAUUGCCUUUACAAUAUACAUUUGAAUGAAUUUGUUUAUUCAAUGUAAUAUGUUGAUUGGUUGAUAUUAAUAAUAGGCUAAAAUGUAGACCAACUUAUCACGCCACCUGGGAGUCUUUUUAGUCUCUGCGCAAUAAGAAUUGCGUGUCUAACUUAAUGUUUUGCGCAUUAUUGCCAACAGUUUGAGCAGGUGCAUGUGCGUUUUUCAUUUCCUUAUCAGCUGAGUCUCUCAACGGCCCUUUAAUCAGAUUCAUUCACACAAAUUACGUAAAACCCGGAUAAUUCAGUAUGGAAAUUUAAUCUUCAACGAAACCAAACACGCAAAAUGGAAUAAGAGAGCAGUUUAAAGCAUUUCUCGUGUUGGACUUAAUCGAGACGCACAGCAAAUUAUUUGGCGAGUCAUUCCUGUCCCUCUGUCAUAUUAGUAAGAGAACAGCAUUCGCGCGCAUGUGCAUGUUAUAUAAAUAAAUCCCACCGAUGCUCGCGCUCCAACCGCAGCCCGAGGUGCGACCGCGCGCGCGCUAAAUUGCGAAACACUCGCAAAAACAAAUCUGACACCCGCACUGAGAUUCCCGUGACUUUCUCUCAAUGAAGCUGCACGUGCUGCUUGUGGUAUCUGUGGGUGUGAUCGUCUCGCGCUCUGAGUCCGCUCGCGUACCUACAGUCACGCAGAUGCCGCUACUGAUGCGCUUAGGAGAGGAAUAUUUCAUCAGGUUGGACAACGCGCCAGACCGGAGACCACCGCCGCGCACCGAGGCUCUUCAGCUACAGCUUACGCAGAGGCUGUUAGGAGGUAAAGUCGGGAGUGUCGGUAACAGAAUCACGGACAGCCAGGAGGAGCGUGACCGCCGUUCGGAGGAUCCGGCCAUCUCUCUGGAUCUGACGUUCCACCUGUUGCGCGAGGUGCUACAGAUGGCACGAGCCGAGAAACUUGCGCAGCGCGCAAACAGCAAUCGCAAAAUGAUGGACUUUUUCGGGAAAUAACAUUUAUGAGUGUUGUCAUUUAUUUUGUGUGUGCGAAUUCUUUUAGAUAAGUGACUUUAUUUUCAACA